CUAUCCGGAAGGUUUUACAUGCUGCACAGUCUUGACAAAACGAUAUUGCAACGCUGAGAAACUUCAACAAAUCUACACAGAAGGUAGAGUUUACGAGAGGAGACGCUGAGUUAGCAACAUUUUCACUCAAAUACACGUUAUAAAUACACGUUAAGGUAGAGUUUACGAGAGGAGACGCUGAGUUAGCAACAUUUUCACUCAAAUACACGUUAUAAAUACACGUUAAGGUAGAGUUUACGGGAGGAGACUCUGAGUUAGCAACAUUUUCACUCAAAUACACGUUAUAAAUACACGUUAAGGUAGAGUUUACGGGAGGAGGCGCUGAGUUAGCACCAUUUUCAGAUAAAUACACGUUAUAAAUACACGUUAAGGUAGAGUUUACGAGAGGAGACGCUGAGUUAGCACCAUUUUGCAUAAUACACGUUAUAAAUACACGUUAAGGUAGAGUUUACGAGAGGAGACGCUGAGUUAGCACCGUUUUCACAUAAAUACACGUCAUUCACAACUACAAACGAUAUAUUUUCGUUAUGUUCUUUCACUCGUGUUUUCAGUGACUGACCACAUGACCUUUUAAAGCAGCAUUAUUGUGUUACAUUUGGACUAAAUCCUCUCCUGAGCAUGUCGAGCUCUUAUAUCACAGCUCAAAUCCAAGUGUAGCUCCUGUGUUCCUGGUUGGUUCAGUUUAAAGUUUAAGUUUAGUCGUCAUUUACAGAUCAGACAUGGCCAGCAGCAGCAGCAGCAGCGCUGUCAACAUGGAUCCAGAUGUUGCUCUGAGGCUGUUUGAGGAGGGAGCCACCCUGGUGCUGCUGGGUGUCCCUAAGGGCACAGAGCUGGGGAUCGACUGCAAGAGUUGGCAGGUGGGUCCUCGCUUCCGGGGAGUAAAGAUGAUCCCUCCAGGCCUGCACUUCCUACACUACAGCUCUGUGAACUCACCGACAUGUGGGAAUGAAAUCGGCCCAAAGACGGGCGUCUUCCUUCAUCUCAAACCCAGAGAGAUCCUGUUGGCUAACUGGGACCCCAAAGAGGAGGAUCUGGAUUUCUCAGCCUCUAAGAACCAAGAGGAGGUGAGUCGCAUCCGGGCGACCUUACAAGAGCUGGAUCCAUACCUGGGUCCUUAUCCAUAUGAGGUGAUGAGGAAGUGGGUGUCCCUCACUGACCACCUCAGUGAGGAGCUGGUCAAUAACCUGCAGCCUUUGUCUGGCAGAAUAUGUGCCUACUGUGACGUCAUCCCCGAGAUUGAGUACAGACACACCAAAGACAGAGCAGAGCAGCCGGUCAACGACACGGUCUGUCAGAGCAUGAAGGAGGGACUGGACAGGCUGCCCAAGAUGAAACUGAGGGAGGGGACUGAGUUACGCUUCUCUGUCAUCCCCGAGAAGACCUACCCAGCCGGGGCGACACCAGCGGAGAUCACCCAGUGCAGUAUGGACCUGAGCUAUGCUCUGGAGACUGUACUGAAGAACUAUGAGCUUCAGCCUCUCCACAUUCUAGGUGAGCUGCAGUUCGCCUUUGUGUGUUUCCUCCUCGGAAACGUGUACGAGGGCUUCGAGCACUGGAAGCGCCUGCUGGCUCUGCUGUGCCGCUCAGAGGAGACCAUGGGGAAACAGAAGCAGCUCUUCCUGGACCUCAUCACCGUGCUCUACCACCAGCUGGGAGAAAUCCCCCCCGACUUCUUUGUGGACAUUGUGUCACAGGACAACUUCCUCACCUCCACGCUGCAGGACUUCUUCCAGUUUGCCAGUGGACCUGGUGUCGACGUGACGCUGCGUAAGCGAGCGGAGAAAUUCAAAGCUCACCUGACCAAGAAGUUUCGCUGGGACUUUGAUGCAGACUUGGACGACUGUGCUCCGGUGGUGGUGGAGCUGCCUGAGGGUGUCACAGUGGACUGAAACUGCCACUAACUACUGGACUUAAGGGUCAAACUGGGUGGAUUCAAGCAGAGGAAGUCACUGAUGCUGGAGGAGAACUGUAAUGGUUGAUAUCUUCUUUCAAGUACAUGGAAGAACAAAACCUUUUAUUUUUGUUUGUUUUUUGAGCAUAAAACGGUCUAUACUGUAUGUGAUCACAUGAGAGACAUCUAAGAUGUGUUUUAACAUCCACUUGUGAUCAGAUCUAUCAGUAUGGAUGUGAUUGACACCUUAAAGGGACAGUUCAGGCUUUUUGAAGUGUUCCUGCAUCAUUGUCUUAAGAUGGCGUAAAUGUCUCAGAUCUGUCCUCUGGUCAGCCAUGUUGUCCUGAGCUAGCGUGUGUGUGUGUGUGCAGUUACUUUAACAUACUUUAACAUGCAGAUUUAACAUGUUGACACUUUUCUACGUGUUCUAGUGAUGGGCUCCCUCUGGUGUUGUCUGUCAUGCAGAGAGCGUAACACCUGUAAUGACUAUGAAGCGUCCUUCAUCGUGUUAGGUGACUUAAAUGUGCGUCAUUAUGAACCGUAAACCUGGGAUCUUUCAUUUUUAUACUUUAACAGAGAGUCAUGUGUAAAAGUCUUUUUCUGUCAUUUUAAAACUGGAAACAAGUUUCCUGUAUUUUCUGGAUGUGUUCCAAUAAAGUGAAUGAGAAAUAUAAUCAUAACAUUGGCAAAACAAUAAAUCUAAUGGUGGCCGACUAUUGUACAUCAACAAUCAUUUUUCAGCUCGCACUAUAUUUUUUUUAAAAAUGUGUUUCCCCUUUAGAAACGGGCUGAUUUACCAUUAUGUAAUAUGGUAAAUCCGUGUGAUGAAAAGAUGAAAACAUGAGCAAACUUCACUUUUCUAUGAUUUAUUUGACUUCAAGUUUCUUUUAAUGAAUUAAAGACAAUUUAAAAAACA